CUCGGCAAAAAUCGUGGGAAGAUAUUUCCGCAACCAAAUUAUGUUCCAGUUUACCCAUCGAUUAUCUAAACCCCUUCCUCGUCAACUGAGACCAGUUCGAGUCUACACAUACUUAUAUCGAUUCAUCCUGAAAAUCUUUCUGAAUCAUUACAUCCUCCCAUGUCACUGAAAAGACAGCUCGACGCUGAUUCCACUGGAAGUCCACUUUCAAAACGGUUGAGAAUUGCUCAGCCUAUUCUCCAGAAAUGCGAGGCACUAUUUGAGGAGGCUGGUAUGACACCUCGGACGUUUGGCCCUCUGGGAAUUCUGGGUCUCCUAUUGGAUGGGCAAUCACAGGAGAAGGAUGAGGACGGGGAUAAGUUGCUGCGGGACAAGGAAACAGAUCCAGAUGAGUACGUCUUGAAAAGUAUGAACUCUUACCACGCCUACAAGUUUCCAGAAGUCUCAGAAACAAUUCUUCAAGACCGUUUGGGCUUUCGCUUUGCCUCGUACGAUUGGACUCCCAAGGGUUUCCUUUGUCAUCCAUCCCGGUCUAAACAUUAUGCCGAUGACCUCGAGCCUUUAUACAAUGAGCUGGAAAUCAUCUACUCGACUUCCGAACCCAAGAACUUGGGCGCGGCUGCUCGUCAAGUAACCAACGCCUAUCUCUCCUUUGUGUUCACAACCAUAAGGAAAGAACGCGAGAUUGACAUAAAAAAAGCUAUCAAGACCAGACUCGAAGCCGAUCCCGGGCUCGAUGUCACGACCCUCUCACAGGCCCAUCUCGAUGCAGAGGAGAUAUAUUCAGCGUAUUUAAAAUCGGCAGAGGGCGCCGGCUUACCUUCGACACUUUCAGAGCUCAGCGUCGAUGACAAGGCGAAUUAUAUUCUGUGGUGUAACCGGUACGUACACCCGAACCGGCUUCUAGGCACUGGCGACAUCAAGAACACGCCCCAUAUCCGCCUUUACCAAGAGAUAAUUAUCGACUCUGAUGAUAAUGAUGCGUCCUAUCGUGACCGGAACGGUCAGGAAAUUACACUGUCUGGAGUUGUGGAGUAUGCAAUGCUGGUGUUCAAAACGGAAGAUGAGGACCGAAUCCUAAACGCUGGCUACGGUACAUCGCAAAAGUGUCUAUACAAGGUCAGGUCCUUGGAGCCACGGCUUCUCUUUCUCGAAACAAGGGAACGGGACCUACGCGAUGAGCCGCUUAUUGAAGCAUCGGCUCAAGCCCUUGCUCUGAGUAGACGGUUCAAAAGGUCUAAUGUUCGGUUCAUUGUGACGGAUUCUAAUGAUUGGAUCGUUGCUCAUUUGCACAAUCCUCUCGAUGGUGGCUCACCAGAGGUCACAUCAUGGCUACUGCCACCCUUGCCCUUUGAAAUCCCCUUUCAAGCAUAUUAUGGUACGAUAUUGGGACGAGUCGAGGCAACCCAGAUGUGGCGGAUGUAUGUUCGAACGUUUUAUGUGACGUUGCUAGAAUGGCUCUUGCCAGAGAGUACUUCGGCCAUCCCGACACCACCACGAUUCGACAAGAUGUCUGGUUCUAAACUUUGAUUCGAAUCUACUGAAAGUUGUCCGGUGUUUUUCUUUUUUGCGGACAUUAUUUGGUGGACAGACAAUCCUAUGGGUUACGGGGGUGUAUGGCCUUACAGAGGUAUGGGUUAUUACAGAGGUGACUGUAUCUUCUUUUCUCCAAUCAUGCCCUCCUGUGUAAUGUAACUACCAUGAAACAAAUCUCAUAGCUGCAAACUGUUAUAGAAAGAUUUUCGCUAUGUACUAUGGAGUGACAGAUUAAAUAAGUCCGGCAUCUUAAUAGUACUGAACGUCCAGCUUCAAAGCUGAUCAUAUGGUG